AUGAAAAUGAUUGGUCCAUUAUCAUUAUUCUUUUUCCGGGAGAUGGAAUCUUUCCGUUUUCAUAUGCACAAGGAGUCAACUGUGGCGGCUACGUGCGUUGAACUCGAUCCAUCCAUCGCAGUCAGUCGGACUCUCAGCCGAGCCGACCAGCUGAGAUCGACCGAGAUGGGUGCCGUGGAGCUCCCGAAGAUCGACUUCUCCGGCGUGGAUGCGUCGGCGCCGGGGACGGGGCGGUGGGACGCAGUGCGCGCGGAGGUGAUGGACGCGCUGGCCACCUUCGGCUGCUUCGACGCGCACUACCCGGCUCUCGCCCCGGCGCAGCGCGCCGCGCUCUUCGACGGCGCCGUCCGCCCGCUCUUCGCGCUGCCUGUGGACGCCAAGCGCCGCAACCACUACGGGCCCGGCAAGCCCUUCCACGGCUACCUCGGGGGCCUCCCGGGCCUCCACGCCUAUGAGAGCCUCGCCAUUGUCGGCGGGCCCGAGCUGGGCGCCGUCCAGGCCUUCGCCGACCUCUUGUUCCCCGCCGCCGACAACGCCGCCUUCUGCGAGGCUGUUCACGGCGCGGCGGCGCGGACGGCGGAGCUGGAGGGGGCGGUGCGGCGGAUGGUCAUGGAGGGGCUCGGGGUGGCCGUCGACGAGGGCCAGGCCCAGAGCGCGCCCUUCUGGCACCUGUUCCGGAUGUCAGAGUACGGGGCGCCGACCGCCGACGAGAGGGCGAGAGAGGUGCGGUACGGGUCGCACCAGGACACCAACUCGCUGAGCGUGGUGUGCCAGCACGAGGUCGACGGGCUGGAGAUGCAGGCCAGGGACGGGCGGUGGGUCCUCGUCCGGCCGUCGCCGGCGUCGCUCGUCGUCAUGGCCGGCAACGCUCUCCGGGUACGCACGGCGUGGUCCAACGACCGGGUGCACGCGCCGUUCCACCGGGUAAGCGUGGGCGGGGACGCGACGAGGUACUCGGCCAUCCUCUUCUCCGUCCCCGGCGAGCCGACGAUACGCGUGCGCGACGAGCUCGUGGACGAGGCCGGCGGCCACCCUCGCCGGUUCAGGGACUACGACUACGACGAGUUCGUUCGCUUCUGCGUCUCCGAGGAGGGUGGUCGCCAUGACGACAAGCUCAAGGCCUACUGCGGAGUAGCUGUGUAG